AUGAUAGGUGUUGUCGAAUACACAGAAGAUGACUCACAAGGGAUUUCAGGUGGUGGAGAACUUGGUUUUUGCGGGGCGAAGCAACAGGAGAAUAAUCCACCCCAGCUGCUGGUGUUGGCGGACGGCUGGUUCGACUUCUGCGCACACAAAUGUGCGCGCAGAGGUGCGCAAAUGAUCGCAGAGUGCGAGGAGAGCACCAUGGAGGCUGACCUGCCCACCAAUGGGAGGGGUGAGCACGUGGCACCUGCGCCCACGCAUCGGUGUGUGCACCUGCUCGGCUCCAAGCUAAGAAUUGUGCAAACCCCCAGUCAAGACACAUCUGCACACCUUCCAUGCUCUACAUACCAGCAAAAAUCUCAACCGGGGCCGAACCCAUUCAGAGCCCCAAUAAUCCUCAAUGUCUACAUAAAGUAUGACGAACGCAAACAGGCGCUUGAUGUGCUAGUUAGGAACCUACAAAACACUCCCCUCAAAAGAAAAGUCAGAGAAAGAUGCCCAGACGGUGUAGUUAUUGUUGACGCUCGCCGAACUUCAAAGAAGCGAGGACCAAAUCCGCGCUUCAAUGAGGAUUUCCACUUUACUCCUCUCAUUGCAAGGGACGUCAAAAUGGGGAAAUUGGUUUUCGACAUUUAUGAAGUGAAAAAGAAGCAUAAAUCCUUUCUGGGAACGAUUGAACUAUGCGGAUCUGAAAUAGAAUUAAAGUGCGACAUGGCCUACAGCCUUUACCUUCACAAUCCGACUGUACAUCAUCUUCGUCGUCGACGCCAUCGUCAUCAUCAUCGUCAUCGACAUCGUCGUCAUCAUCACAUUCUUCCUCGUCAUUUCGAUCGCAAUCCUCCAUCGCGUGUCUACCGAAGGCGAAAACGUGUCGUAAGUCCUCCACCUGGUGAUGAUGUCUCCAUCCUCAUCACUGCCUUCACUUCCAUCAACAAUAGCACUGCUGCCUUCCAAAGCAAAAACUCUUUAAUUUUUCCCUCUACUCUGGAUCCGAAACCAGUGCCUGUGACGGCAGUGCUCCCAUCGCAGCAGUCAUCAUCGCUAUCAUCACUGCCGUUUUCGCCAUGUCGAGGCGACUCCUCUACUGAUGAAGUCGCAAUAAUGCUCCGUGCGGAUAUUCUGUACAACGAACGACGUCAGCGGAUGUCCGUGUUUAUUAGGAACCUAGAGCAUGUGGACGAAAAAUUGAAGCAUUCGGUCAGGUGUAUGCUUUACACUGCGGACGGUCGCAGAAUGGAAAAACAAACCAAGUGCAAGCGGGGUUGCAAUCCCUACUUCAAUGAAGAGUUCAAAUUCAGGAACCUUGUGCGAUCGGACAUUCGUGGAGGACAAUUGCUGUUUUCUGUAGUCCAAAAACACAAAAAGAACGUUGUCGGUGUGGGAAUAAUUCCAGGCUGCAGGAUCAACCUUGACCGCGACGAAGCUCACAAUAUUCCUAUCUGCUCGAAGAUUCCGAAUAAAUUCGUGUACAAUAUGGAGGAUGUGACGAGGGAGCCAGAGAGUCUCAUUCGCAUAAUCUAUCCCAAGUCAAGCGAUCACAUUGAGGUUUAUCAAUAG